CUCAUAUACUGUUGACUCAUACUCAUACUGAAUAUGAGGAAGUAGAGCCUUUCAUUUUUCAGUUUAAGCUGCUACACGGUACACGCAAAAGCAAUCAAGAAAUGAAAGAUGUCAGAACAAAGGACACAGGAACCCUCAAAGCAGAAUCUCCCAAGCAACAAAGGAUUGCCUGAAAUUAGAAUUAUACUGAUUGGGGGUCGCCAACUGGGUGGAAUAGAAUCAAGUGGAAAAAGUUCCGUAGGAAACACCAUCCUGGGAAAAAAUGCUUUUGUUGUGGGAAGAAGAACUGCCCGAUCUGUUCAAGCUGAGGGAGAAGUACAUGGAAGACAUGUUACUGUGGUUGACACCCCAGGCUGGUGGUGGCAUUAUGCUGGAGAAAAUACUCCAACGUUUGACAUACAGGAAAUUAUAAGGUGCCCAACACUGUGUCCCCCUGGACCUCACGCAUUCCUUCUGGUCAUUCCUGUAGAUAAUAUAUUUCCAAAAGUCUAUAGAAUGGCUUUGAAUGAACAUUUGGAGUUUUUGUCAGAGAAUGUCUGGAAACACCUUAUUGUGCUCUUUAGCUGCAUUGCUCCAUUUGAUGAAAGAUCUUUCAAAAAGAAUCUUAGAAUCUGGCCAGACCUCCAAUUACUUCUAAGAAGGUGUCAGAACAGGUAUCAUGUCCUUAAUAUUCAAGACAGGAAUGACAGCUCUCAAGUGAUCAAACUGCUGAAACAAAUUGAGGAAAUGGUAGCCCAAAACAAUUACUUUAAAUUCAGCGAAAGGAUGUCUAUAGAGGGUGAGAGAGAGAAAAUAAGAAAGGAAAAAGUCAAACAAAGAAUUAUUGCAGUCAAUAGUCAAAGGAUUGAACUCCAAGCAUCCAUAAAAGCUGAGGAACAAUAUCUUACUGAUAUACAGAUAGUAAUUCUUGGAGCAUCGUGGGCUGCAAGGAGUUCUGCAGGCAACCUCAUUCUGGGUGAAGAAGCUUUUCAAGUUGACGAUUCAAGAACAACAGUGUGCUGUGAGGUUAGGCAUGCUGAAGUGCAUGGAAGACACCUGACUAUAGUCGAUACUCCAGGCUGGUUCUGGCAAUAUCCUCUCGAAAAGACAUCAGAGAUUGACAAACUGGAGAUAAGACGUAGUGUGCAUCUAUGUUCUCCUGGCCCACAUGCUAUUCUGUUAACUGUUCCCGUUGCCACAGCAUUUAAUACAUUUUAUCGAACAGCUGUGGAGGAACACCUGGGUCUUUUAGGGAAGGAUGUGUGGAGCCAUACAAUUGUGCUGUUCACCAGAGGAGACUGGCUUGGGGAUACAACCAUUGAGGAACGUAUUGAAGAAGAAGAGCACCUUGAGUGGCUAAUGGAACAAUGUGGGUACAGAUACCAUGUAUUUAACUGUAAGAAUCACACUGACAGCACACAAGCCACAGAACUCCUAAAGAAGAUUGAGGAAAUGGUGAUGGAAAACAAAGGUUGUCACUAUGUGCCAGAUGAGAAGAGCAAUCCAUUCAACGAGCUUGAGCUAAAGCUGAAGAAAGGCAAAAAAGACAUGAAGAAAUGGCGUAGACAAAAAUACAUGCUUCACAAGCUGCUUAAAGAAAGAAAAAGAAAACUCUCAGAAGUUAGGAUUGUGCUUCUUGGAGGAGAAGGAGUUGGAAAAAGUACAUCAGGAAACGAGAUUUUGCAAGAAGGAUUUUUUGACAUUACACUAGAGGAUGGAUUUAAACCCCAUCCAAAGGCAAAGCAAUGUGUGAUUAAACAAAGGGAAGUUGCAGAAUGUCAAAUCUCAGUGGUUGACACACCAGGAUGGUCAACAUCAAAUCUGGAAGAUGCAAAAGAAAUUCUACGCAGUGUGACUGUUUGUUCACCAGGUCCGCAUGCAUUCCUGCUAGUGCUACCAGUAGAUAAGACUUUUACAAAAAAAGAUGAAAAAACAAUGAUGGAGUUAAUGAGCCUUUUUGGGGAGCAUGUCUGGAGAUAUACUCUAAUUAUAUUCUCUGGACACUGGCUGAAGGACACACCAGUUGAGCAUUACAUUGCAUGUGAAGGAGAAGCCCUGCAGACUUUGAUAAGAAAGUGUGAGUACAGAUAUCAUGUGCUAGCUGAUAACAGUCAUAACAUCAAAAAUCUGCUUAAGAUGAUUGAAGAGAUGGUGGCAAGAAACAGAGGGGAAUACUUUACUCAACAAAACAGAGAAAAAAAGGCAACAACAUCAGUGAUCCAAUGGUUUACUGGGAAGGUACUGACUGAAGAAGAGUGGAAAAAACGUGAGGAUGAACUCAUCGCGAGGAUGCUGGAAGCAGCAGUUGUGGACCUAGAUGCAGAAUCCGAACAACCAUCUGGCAGACGAAGGCAAAGCUUUGACAAAGCGAUCCCUAGUAUGAGUGGAGAUUCAUUGUCAGACACCACCAGUUCAGUUGGAGCUAAUACUCUGAACCCUACUGACAAAGUAUCUCAAUGGCUCCGGCAUCUAAGAAAUAAUGCACCAUCAUCUGGAUAUGACACAAUGAGCAUUGCAUCAAGUUCUCAGCAUUCAAACAUGGAAAGAAUCAAAGAUAUUUUUGCAAUGGUCCAAAACCAUCCUGGUGACAUGGACACUCCAAAAUAUGCAAGGAAUAUGAGAGAAGAAAAACGUGCUAGAUCGUUUUCAAUGUGAAGAGUCAAUGUUCUCUACAACCCAAACUAUGCACAUACUGUAUAUAAUGUAAUCUAACAAUGACUGGAUGUAAUUAAUUACCGAAGAACUUAUGUCAACAUAACUAAGUGAGUCUACUGUCUGUUGUGUUGUUCAUUCAAAACAUUGCAGAAAUAAAGAGACUCAAUGCCGAGAAAACCAA